AAUGGUAGACCCGUCAAGAUCCCAGGCUUCAUCCUUUCGAUCGACGAGCCCUCACCGUGGGCUCAUGUCGCCUAAUUCCACAUCCUCGCAAUCUUGCUCCGGAUCGCUCUUCUCAAGCCUGACCGACAUCAAUUCUCUGCUCGAGUUUCUGAGCGACGAUGACCGACCUACCUUCUUGAUCGAGGUCCUUUCUUCGAAUGUUGCUGUUCCUCACAUCCCCCGUGUCGUAUUCCAGAAUGCCGCUUUCACCUCGUUCCUCGAGCGAACCGUCACCAGAGACUCGUAUGAUGACUGGCUCCGAUCGCUGUCCACAAACGUAGCCAUACCUAGUAAUCGACCCGUGAAAUCUUUCGGAGGAAGAGCUUGGUCAAGCAAACGAUUUCGCAAUGCCUGGCGCGUUGUCUAUUGCAGUCAAUGGGAGGAUGAUAGAAGGCUCGACAGCGUCGCCGAAGCACGUACAGAACCACACAACCCUAGCCAGGAAGACACAGAUAUGACAGGCUCAGAGCAUAAUGACCAACACUCUCCAUGGUCAGAUGCACAGGAGAAGACCAUCGACUGGACUCGAUUCCCUUCAAAAGUACGUCAUUCCACAUGGAUUGACUUUAUCAAAACAUAUCCUUUCGAAAAGACCUUCCUUGGACCCAUGUCGCGAUGGUCGGACGACUUACGAAGAUUGGCAGUGCAGAUCAUGUCCUCCCCCGCUCCCAGGAUGGUUUACUGGGGACCAGAGCAGGCCAUUCUCUACAAUCAGGCAGCUGCAUCUUUGCUCGGGUCAAAACAUCCUAAUUUCGCUCUGGGAAACCGUUUCAUUGAUGUCUGGGGUCCUGAGAUACAUGAGAAGCACAUGAAAAUGAUUAGAGCGGCUCUGGAUCGAGGCCAAGUGGCCGAAGCNAAAGAGAUGGAGGCCAUUCUGGAACGUAACGGCUUCAUCGAAGAGACAUAUUGGGAUGUGGUCUUGCAGCCCUGCAGCGGUCCCGAUGGUCAGAUGGUUGCCGUCUUGAACACAUACCAGGAAUGCACCUCUUCUGUUUUCCAAAACCAACGGCGUACAAUGAUCGACAAGGUUCAAGCCAUCAUACCUACAGUUGACAACUUCCCCGACCUCUGGACAUCAGUAGCGAAGGAGUUUCGAAACAAUCUCCAUGACGCGGCAUACUCAUUAAUUUACACCGCAGUCAACCAACCUACCGAGUCAGGUUACGCCCAUGCUAUUGAUCGAGUGGAUACUUUCCAGCUAGAACUACAGAUAACAUCAGGAGUCGCGGCCCAAACUUUUGAAUCUCUCGUCCACGCUGGCGAGCGAUUCCACAGACCUUCCUUAGGACCUGUCUUUGCGGAAGCUCGUAAGACCCAACAAGUUGUUGUACUACAACAGGACAGUCUUCCUCCGGAGCUAGCUCUACUGAUCCCAGAUCGCGGAUUUGUGACUACGGCUUGUGUUUUGCCCAUCGCAAGUGUAUCUGGCCAGCAGAUUGCGUUCGUUGUUCUUGGCAUGAACCCGCGAAGACUUUUUACCGAUGAGUCUCGUCUUUUCCUCAGCCAUAUGAACGAUUUAAUAUCCAAGGCCGCUGCUUUGAUUUCUCUUCCCGAGGAGCAAAGACGAGAUCAGGAGAAGUUCGAACAAAUCAACUUUGCCCUCUCCCAGCAGCUGCAAAUCAUCGCCUUGAAAGCCGAGAAGAACGAGGAGACGUUUACUCGUAUGGCACAAAACGCGCCCUUUGGAAUGUACGUUCUGCUCAAUCUACCGAGAAGNUACAUGUUUGAUCGCGACGGCAAUCCUAAAUAUGUCAACAACGCAUACCUUCGACUGAUUGGUCUCGAUCGUGAUACCUUUGAGCAAGCAGCAUCCCGCGGACUGGCAUGGAGAGACACCAUUUAUGAAGAAGACAUCGACCUGGCUACAAACAUAUGGACCCGAAUGAGGGACUCUAAGACACCACAGACAUUUGAGUAUCGAGUCAAGAUACCGCAACCUGGUGAGAAACCUGGCAUCAGAACACUUGAGACGAUUUCCUUUCCGGAAAUAGAUGAAAGUGGCCGUAUUNNAAUCACCGUGCAAGGUUGGCUUAUGGACAUCUCUCCUCGCAAACGUUUGGAAUCUCUUAUGGCCCAACGCCUGGAGGAUGCUUUGGAGACCAGAAGAGCAUCAGAAAAUUUCAUCGAUAUGGGUAUGCUGACCGAAUUUGUGCUUACUGUUCGUGCUGACAAAAACUANGUAUCGCAUGAGAUGCGCAAUCCGUUGUCAGCCAUACUACAGCUUGCGGAUGGUAUCCUUGGCUCGCUCGAUAUCGACCCAGCAAAGGAUCCUGUUUCUUUGCCAGCUGACACAAUCAAUAUGAUGGUUGAUGCAGCUCAGACUAUUCUGGAUUCUUCGCUGCUUGUCAUAACUCCAGAUAAGGUCCACCCACCUACGUUGAUCGAGAAGUCUCUCAAGAUGUACGACGCUGAACUUGCGAGGGCGGACAUCGAAGCCAAACUGGUCGUUGAACAGAGCUACCACGACGCCCGCUUGAACUACGUGAUGCUAGAUCCUAGCAGAGUAUUGCAGGUCAUCAUCAACCUCUUGACCAACGGAAUCAAGUUCACCAGAGAUUGUCCAAAACGACAGAUCUCGGUGUACUUGUCGGCGUUUGAGAAGCCGCCGGUUGGAGGUCAACGCAGUGUUACCUUUAUCGAGCCUCGACCGCGACAAUCGAGUCUCUCUACUUCGCCAGAGUGGGGUCCUGGNGGAGAAGUCUACAUCCAAUUUGCGGUGCAGGACACCGGAAAGGGAUUGACAGAAGAUGAACUGAAGCUGCUUUGGCAGAGAUUCAGCCAAGCUAACCCCAAGACUUACAAGCAAUAUGGUGGCAGUGGUCUUGGCUUGUUCAUCUCUCGUGAACUGACCGAAUUGCAAGGGGGUCAAAUCGGUGUCCACAGCGAAGCAGGUGUGGGAAGCAUCUUUAUGUUUUACAUCAAAGCCAGACGUUGUGUCGAGGAGCCUAAGAGUCGACAAACGAGCUUCUCUGCUCCUACUGCCUCCAGUCCGGUCCUACUUCCGCACACGGCGUCUGAGGCAAGGAGAGCCAAUGUUAGUGAAGGUUCUGUGCAUACGCUGUCAUCAUUCACCUCGACCAUUCCUCCCGAGGAGAUUCAUAUUUUGAUUGUUGAGGACAACAAGAUCAACCAGCGCGUAAUGUCACAACAACUGCGCAAGCUCGGAUGUGUCGUUCACACCGCCGAUCAAGGCCAAGAUUGUCUCGACUUCCUCCAAACGACAGUCUUUACUUCCAACUCGAAAAACAUACCACUCUCCAUCAUACUCAUGGAUCUUGAAGUAUGUCCUUCCACUGCCGCGCCUGUGAUUUUAAGUCUUGAUACUAACGACUCCACANNGAUGCCAGUAAUGGAUGGUCUAACCUGCGUGCGUAAGAUUCGAGAGUACGAAGCUACAGGCCAAGUCAUCAAUCAUGUUCCCGUCAUCGCCAUUACUGCCAAUGCAAGGAGCGAGCAGAUCAAUAUCGCUAUGGAGGCUGGUAUGGACACUGUCGUGACCAAACCGUUCAGGAUCCCAGACCUGGUGCCUAGGAUGCAGUCGCUGUUGUCUGAGUAUCCAACCAAG